AUGGCCCAACCUCACUACGGUGCUGGCACUUCUGCAUCAAGCCCCAGUGUCUCUGCGACGCCUGGUGCUGCCCAGCAAUCGCACCAGACGGGGUCGUCAUCCGGAGCUGGAGACACGCCAGCCAAGCAACAGCAGUCUCAGUCUCAGCAGCAAUCCUCAGCCGCGAAUGCUCAACAUAAGCGAGUUUACCAAGCCUGUAUUCCCUGCCGCCGCCGCAAGGUACGAUGUGACUUGGGCAGCGUCGACAAUCCUCACGACCCGCCAUGUGUGCGUUGUCGUCGAGAGAGCAAAGAGUGCUACUUCUCUGCCACUCGCCGCAAGCGCAAGACCGAUGACGACGAAGGCAGCGAUGUUGAUGAGUACAUAAUCCGCAACGGACGCAAAAGGAUUCAUGCCACUGGGAGCCCGCCGCCUCCACGUCUCGACCGUCGCUUCUACAGCGACGUCCCUCUUACGCCAGGCGGCUCUCAUGGCCGGAGCCAACCGCUACGACGGCCUGAUGGUAACAAGCCAAGGCAGCGUAGAGACUCCGAGCUCGAUGGUGAUGGCGACGCGAAUCUGGAGAACCUCGAGGCCCAGCAAGCUAUGCGCCGUGCAGUGUACAACCCCCAUGAUGCGCUAGACCUACUCUACAAGGCUGCAACCGAUAGUCCCGCUGCGAACAACCAUGGACGUGAGGGAAGUAUCGCCUCGGCCACAACGGCACCAACUCAUCAGCCCACGCCUCAAGACAACCCAAAUAGAGACAUUCCGAGACCGAGGACCAUGUCCACAGCCAAGCCUGAAGCCGAACACCACCUGCCACAACGCCAGUUCGACGAUCACCGACCCCAGCAGACACAGCAACAGCCUGUUGAUCCCAUUCUGGUACAGCCGCCAGCUUUGAGAGCCCAACCUGGAUAUGCAGAAGCCCUACGUGCAUGGUCACGAUUUCGGUUUGUGCGAGCUGGCUGGUUCACCGCCCAAGAGGCCAUAGAAUAUGUUGACUACUACUAUAAGUUCCUCUCGCCUAUGACACCAAUUUCUCCGCCGACCUUUAGCGACCCUGCGUCUCAUAUGACCCUCCUUACCGAAGAACCAAUUCUCACUGUUACUCUCCUCACAAUUGCUUCCAGAUAUCGCCAAAUGCCUGGGACUGGUGGCCACUGUCGAUCACACGCCAUUCCAGAACAGCUUUGGACAUAUCUGCGAGGCAUGAUUGAGCGCUGUCUUUGGGGCCAGGAAGCGUUCGGUGGCGGAUUCUGCGGCUCUGGUGGCCCUGGUUCUUCAUCAAUGAUCAUGGAGGAGGCGGAUACUAGCAGCACUGCGCCAUGGCGUGGCAUGAGGAAAGGUAGUCUGCGAACGCUGGGCACCAUUGAGUCGUUACUGAUUCUCACCGAGUGGCAUCCCCGUGCAUUGCAUUUUCCACCCCAAGAAGCCACCGAUGAGCUCAUGCUGCCUGAUUACAAUGCGCCAGCAACGUCCUCUGAUGACCCAAGUAAGAACGUCGGCGCUGGCUUUGGUGGGAAGCGAAUUGAGAGCUGGCUCGAACCUGCGUGGAGAAGCGAUCGCAUGUGUUGGAUGCUUCUCAGUACGGCGAUGGGUCUGGGGUAUGAGUUGGGAGUGUUUGACGACAUUGAUGAGAUGCUAAAAGACGAUACCAUUACGCGGCCCGAGUACCUCGACGAAGCCUACAGAACGAGGGCCAACCGCAUCAAGCGUUUGCUACUCAUCUAUACCUCCCAGCUGGCUGGUCGAUUAGGCUGGACAAGUAUGACUCCAGAACACCUUCGCAAAGCCGACCCUGCCGUGGCAAGGCGUCGCACGGCGACCAAUGAAGGAAACACCCCGAGCACAUCUUCCAUGGCCAAUGGUUUCAACUACGUGCCGGAUCUAGAACUCGAUGAUCAAAUCAUCCACUGCUGGGCCGGCAUCAGCAAUGCCAUGCAUGUAGGCAACGAGAAACUUUUCCGUUCCAGGAAAUACACCACAGAAAUUAUCCAGACGGGACGAUAUGUCGAGCUGCUGAGAGAGUACAGCCCCUUGCUGAGGGAUUGGUACAGGGAAUUUGAGCUUUUCCGCCUACCCCAGUUUAUCAGGCAUAUUCUGACAAUUGAGUACGAGUAUGUCAGAAUUUACGUCAACUCUCUGUCUCUUCAGGCAGUCGUAGAGCGAUGCACCAAUAAUGCUGGACAGAAUGCCAACGGGAACAACGCGAACGGACAAGCUGCCAACGGCCCAACUCAAUUGUCACCACAAACCAUGAUCAACUAUGGCAAGCUGCCUCUGGGCCAACUUGGUGGCUUUACCAUUAACGAUCAAGAGUACGUCCGGGAGGUGGUAAGCGGAUGUCGAAACCUUUUGCGCACCGUAGUUGAGGGCCUAUUGCCAGGCGGCUACCUCAAGCAUGCGCCGGUCCGCACCUACUUCCGUAUCAUCAGCGGAGCCAUGUUUCUGUUGAAGACCUUUGCUUUGGGAGCGCCACGAUCAGACGUCAAGCUCAGCAUUGAACUUAUGGAUGCUACUGUAGAAGCACUACGAAACUGCGUUGUGGACGAUGUGCAUCUGGGCAUCCGGUUUGCCGAUCUUCUCGAGACGCUGACGAGUCGUCUGAGGAAUAGGUUUAUCCAGGCGCCGACUAUGCAACAGGGGUCUGGGAAAGACCAGAGCCCAUUACCCGAGGGCACCAACAUCGCCAGUUCUGCAGCAGCCGGGACCCAUGGCGGCGACCACACAGCAAACUGGGUAGGCAAACAUGCUCAGAAAUUGCGUGAAGGUCUCACUGGUCAAUACCGCCCCGCGUCUCCUGGCGCCGAAGGCAACAAUAUCUCAGCUACGCCAUUCGACUUGUCUACUGGCAAUUUCCCCUACCCAGGUGCAUCUUCCAUUGGGCCAUCCACGCCAGCAGCGCAUGUUGAAAACAAUGGAGCUCCUCCUCCUCCCAGCGGCAUGGACAUGCAUCUUUUCGAAGGCUGGGACAACCCAGGAAACGAGAUGUGGUACCUGCCACCAGGGCCCGCCUUCUUCCAAAACAUGGGAGAUAGUUCGGUUGCCAUGACUGCUGAAGGUGUAAACGUUGGUGGCUUGGACCUGUUGGAGUACAUGGCCAUGGAUCCAGUGCAAUUCUCUAGUAUCGAUGGUCCCGGUUCGACAAACGGAAAUGCUGGCACGCAAGGCUAA